AUGUUUCGAAUUUUCUUUAGAUUGAGUCCCUUAAUUUAUGUUUACGUUCAGCUUUGUGAUAGUCAAAUCAAUGUUAAUUCUAAAGAGUUACUCCCAGUUCAAUCUAUAGUUGAAGCUACACAAUGUGAAAAGAUGGUGAACUUUCUUAACAAUGUGUUUAGACAUAACAAUGUGUUUCGUUAUAAAACCGUAAAUAUAGCUAUUGCUGAUUAUUCUAAACAACUCGACACAAGUUGUUUGACAAGAAAGCUCCAAGAACAGGAUGACAGAAUAGUGAUUGACAGAUUCACAAGAAUCAAGUUUAGAUAUCAAACAUUAGAUCCUGAUUACUUUAUUCUGAUUGAGGAUUAUACUGAUAAUGCGGGGCUAGUCAACAAGCCAAGAAUAAAAGGAUUUAAUAUUAAAUCAUUCACAAAGUUCAUCUUUAUUACAAACUUUAUGAGCGAUGAAAAUUAUGAAAAACGUCAGAAGAAUCGCAACUUCUUGUAUGUAGUUAAAACAUUCGACGGUCGAGCAUACAUAGCUGCAUUAAUAUUAAAUGUAAUAAAUAAUAAUUUAGAGGAAUAUAAACUAUUUAAAACAAUAUCCGAAGUAGAUAUAACAAACGCUGACUAUAAUUUAGAUAUUGAAUUAGUUCAUAGAACAUUAAACAUCCUUUACUAUGACACUCCACCUUACUCAUAUCGUAGUAAUGACAGUAAUAUUAUAGGUGUUGAAGGAAAUUUUAUUGAUGAAUUUUGUAGUCGUUACAAUUUUAGUUAUAAAUUAAGUAACAAGCAAUCAGAUGACAUGAAUAUACUAAGCAUGUUUGAUAUCAGCUUGUCAAGACGACAUGGUUCCAGUUCCUCCUUUAAUAGCUAUGUAAAUAUAGAAUUUUUAGACAAAGGAACAUCGCAAUGUUUCCUGGUUCCUCGCAAUAUCCCUGUAUUUUCCCAUCUUGUUCCAAAUCCUUUUGAUAAGUUUGUAAAUUUUUUAUUUCUUACGUCUAUUUUAAUGACUGUUCUAAUAUGGAAAGGAAUUCGAAUCCUACAAAAGGAAAACAUGAAAUUCUUCAAACUUGCAAUAAUGCUUUCGAAACUUAUGGUUGGUUAUCCAGUUAAUGAUCGAGAACUCUACAAAUGGUCACUAAAGGAAAAGUUUCUUUUAAUUCCAUUCAUUAUGAUUUGUUUCAUUCUUAUGGACAUUUUCAAGUCAUUCGUUAUUUCCACAUCAAUUGUUGAGCAGCCAAUGAGAUCAAUUCAGUCAUUAGAGGAAUUGAGUUCAUCAGACACAAAACUAUACGAGUAUUAUAAGGAAGUUGAUUUAUUUCCACAUAAUAAAGUUCUUAAUCAGAUUCCAAUCGUGUCAGCAUCAUCAGCACUUUCAAUAUUACCAGAACAUGUUGACAGAGAUCUAGCAUAUGUCGUGCGAUGUAAAUUUGCUGAAGUAUUUAUUGACUCAGAAAAUAAUUUUGAUGGUAAUCAACAAUUAUUUGAUGUUUUUGAUAAAAAUAUUGAAAAAACUAAUGGAAACUAUCUCAUCCAUGAAGGUGUGCCUUAUAAAAACGUAUUCUUUAAAUUUAUUGAUUCCUUAAUUGAGUCUGGAAUUUUAAAUCAUUGGAUUACUAUAACAGUCAAAAAAUCAUUCCCUAAACAUGUAGAACGCGAUAAGCAAUUUCGUGUCGCUUUAGAAGCUUUGUAUCUCCCACUCAUUAUUCUUGGUGUAGGAAUAAUUGACAAGCAAUCGAAAAAAGUUAUGGCAUCAAAAUUCAGACUUAAAAAGUCAACAAAAUUAAUUUUCAUCACACAAUUCAAGCAAAUGGAUAAAUACAUAAAGUCUCAAAAACAGCAAAAUCUCCGACAAGUUUACAGCAUUUAUAGCAAUUCAGCAAUAGUUAAUGCAUUAUUAAUAGAUGUUUUUGAGAACGGAAUUAAAUUUAUUAAAUAUUCAUCAACUUUUACAAAAUUCAUCUUUAAGGAAGCAAACUAUAGUUUAAAAAGUGAGCUUAUUGAUAGUGUCUUCAAGGUAGUUUAUUAUGAUACACAUCCUUAUUCAUAUCGAAGUAAUGACAAUAGAAUUAUUGGUGUUGAAGGAAAUGUUUUAAACAACUUUUGUAUCCGUAAUAAUCUUACAUAUAGAAUCACUAAUGACGCAUUUGCUCCUUUCAAUCAACAAAGUUUUUUUGAAAUUUCUUUAAACCGAAGAUUUUCUUAUAUUAACGAUUAUUUCUUUGAUUACAUUCACAUUAAUGAUUUUGGUGCAUCUCAAUGUCUUCUAGUUCCUCGAAACAUUCCAACAUAUUCACACAUAAUCUCAAUUCCUUAUGACAAAUAUGUUCUCUUAAUUUUAAGCAUUUCUUUUUUAAUAAUCGGAAUUUUAUGGAAAUCAUUUCGGAUUGUACAUAAACAAAAUACUGGUAUCUUGUGCCUUACUGUGUCACUAUUCAAAAUUAUGAUUGGAUAUUCAAUUGACGAUCGAGAAAUCAAUAAAUGGUCAUUUGGAGAAAGAUUGCUAUUAAUUCCAUUUCUUAUUAUUUGUUUCAUUUUAAUGGAUAUUUUCAAGUCAUUCAUUAUAUCCACAUCUAUAAUUGAGCAGCCAAUGAGAUCAAUUACAUCUAUUGAAGAAUUAAUAUCUUCAAAUACUAUGAUUUAUGAAUACUAUAAAGAAAUUCCUUUAUUCCCCGAAAAUAAAGUACUUAAUCAUGUUCCAAUGCUAGUUGGAUCAUCUGCACUUUCAAAAUUGCCAGAACAUGUAAAUCAUGACCUUGCUUAUGCUGUUCGAUGCAAAUUUGCUGAAGAAUUUGUAACUUCUGAUAAGAAUUUUCAUAAAAAUCGUCAGAUUUUCGAUGUUUUUGAUGGAUAUGUUGACAAAUCAUAUUCUUCAUAUCUCAUUCAUGAAAAUUAUCCGCUUAAGCAUGAAUUCAAGUCAUUUAUGAAUUCUCUACAAGAGUCAGGAAUUCUAGACUAUUGGACUAAGUUAACAACUCGAGAAACUUUUCCAAAACAACAUUUUAGAAAUGAACAGAAAAAUGUAAUCAUUUUAGAAGCUUUAUAUUUGCCUUUGUUGAUUCUCUGCACUGGAAUAAUUUUGGCGAUUAUAAUUUUUGUGAUGGAAAUUUCUUUUGAUAAGUUCAGAAAUUGGAAGUUAAGUCGAGUUAUUGAUUUACAAAAGUAA